UACCUCUCUAGUCAGUGCACUGUGUUGCUAUUUCCUCUUAAAGCUAUUGAUAAAAAUGUUAGAUUGUACUCAAGUAUUGUAUUCAUAACUAUCAAAACACUUGGAAAGAAAAGGACCGGGAAAUCAUUUAUUUCAACAUGAUCUGUACCUGAACUUAACCUUGAAGUCUUACUUAAACACAAUUUUCAAUAGAAAGAAAAAUACCACUCUCACAUAUACAGUUUUCUAUUCAUAUUUGUUUUGUUGUAGUUACUGAUGGUACUGAGGUGAAUAUUGUUAUCUUUGCUUGGAAGUCUGCCCUCUCUCCGGGAGCUAUUUGUGGCUUUUAUAAACUGCAUCUAUAAAUGGAACGCUACAUAGUAGCAUAGUCCAUAAUAAUCACUGAGGCUGCGUGACAGAGUACAGUUGAAGACGCUGAAAAGUAUUGUGAAUUCGAACAAGUAGAUGGAUAAACUAAUUUGCACUGAGGAUAAAUCAUUACAUGCAGGCACAAGGAGACUGAAAAACAAGAAAUUUUCUUAAACAGGACAAUGGAGGACCAGCAUGUGAUCCUCAAAGAACACCCAACCCAGCCACUGUCUUUUACAUUUGUGCCAGUUGUCAGAAAGUUGCCGACUCACGCCUAUGUACACAGUGGAAAUUGUGGACAACCCAAAUGCAAGCCAAAUGAGCAUUUUGGAACACAAGAGGAGAUGGCAUCUGACAUGCUGCAACAUGACAUUUUCAAAGCAGAAAUUGUGUUCAUUGGUGAUUCAGAAGAUGAAGGAGAAGAUGCCCCUGCACAUCAUCACUGCCUUGAACAAACCAAUGACAUUGCAAGAAUUGAGCCCCAGCUUCAGUUCAAAUCUUCUGCCACAACUGACCAUAUGAGCCAAGUAUCACUUUGUACUCAUCCAGUCCCUGCUGAAAAAAAGAAAGCAGAGCAUCCCACAAUUAAUGUGCAUCACUUCCCAGAGUCUUCAUCAAAUAGAUCUGAUAACAAGCACCAACAGCUAAUUCAGUCGUUUAACAAUACUUCCCAUACUGCUCCAGUCUAUUCAAGUCUCUACCGCAGUGAAAGAGUUGGUGAAAGAGAAAUGACUGCAAAAACUCCAGAUCCAUUAACAAACAAUCUAUAUUCAGAAAGACUAAUCUAUCCAGCAUCUUCAAAAGAAUCAAUACUGUCUGGAGGUCCAGACAGAGUAAAAAGUUUAUCUGCUUUACAUUUACUGUGCUCCGAAGGCUCACAGGGUUCACUUUCCAGAACUGAAUCUCCUUGCUCUUCAAUAAGAUCAGGCAUGUUCUCUCCAGCUUUGGUCAAAAUUGUCCCCCAUUCUUUAUCAUCCAGCUCUAGUCUAUUUCAGGCAUCACCCAGCUGUUUCUCUCCAACAGGAGAUAGUUUCACACCCUCCCCUUUCCAGGUCUCACAGAGUACUACUUUAUUUCGGUCAAGUCCUAGGCCCCCACUAACACAACUCUCUCUACUUACUGCUAUUCUUAGAACUGGUCAGCGCCCGCAUUCAUCAACAGCACACAACUCAUUACAAAGGCCAUUCUCUCCUUCCUGGCCAGCUAGUGCUGUUAGUCUCUUAUCCUCUAACACCUGCUCUGUCACGUCCAGCUUAACAUCUAUGUCUUUUGAGGCCUCUAGACCACAGUCACCAAGUAGUGCAGAGAAGCCUCUUCAGGUGUCUCCUGCUGGAAUGCAUAGAGCUACUUCAGCAUCACUGAAGUAUCAAACACCUGCCUCACCCUCCUGCAGAACAGAAGCCAUGCCUCACUCUCAUCCUGCACAUUCCCCCAAACCAGCUUGUCCCUCACAAGACCUCUUCAAAUGUAGUCCUAGGAAUCUCUCACCUGUUUCGCAAAACUGUUCUGCCUUAUCAAGAAACGAACCAGUCUCCCCCGCAGCACAGCAGACUCUGAAACAGAUCAGCAGCAAGGAGACUUCAUCAACUGUCCUUUAUCCCAUUACACCUUCAUCCUUUUCUAGAUGUGACACUUUGUCCCCUAGGUCCAGUUCCUUAGCCCUCUGCACCUCAGAAAGGCAUGAUGCAGCUUCCCCAACACCAGCAGUUACUAGCUGUCCAACGCUAAGCUGCAAUCAGUCUUGCUCUAAGUCUCCUUUGCAAAAUAGGAUCUCACUUGGCUCAUCACCUGAGAGAUUUAAUUCCAUCUCACUUACCCGUGGGCUUUCUCUAUCCCCAAGGCCGAAUUCUGUUUCUGCUUCUCCUUCUCCAUGUCCAUCUUCUUUCUCUACACUAUCCCACUCACAAAGAUCCUAUUCUUUCAAUCCUACCGCAAACUGCCUAACACCCUCGCCAUCACCACAUGGGAACAGUGGCUCUACUCCAUCACCUUCUCCGUCUCUGCCCCCAGUACCCUCACCAACCACAAGAUCUGUGACUUCACCCUUUUCUAUUGAAUGUGAAACUAAAAAUCCAAAGGAAUACAAGAUCAAAUCCAGCUACAAGGCAUUUGCAGCAAUACCCUCCAACAUACUGCUCUUGGAGCAGAAGGCAAUAGACGAGGAAGUUGACAAUCCAGUGGGCGCCCCUGUUGAAGAUAAUAAAGUGUCAGAAACCCAUGCAGAGAUGUGUUCACCUGCACAGCUUCGCCAACAGUCUGAGGAACUGUAUGCCACCAUUGAUCAAGUCUUAGAGGAACCUAUGCCUAUGCAACGAUCCCAUUCUGUUCCAAUUUCCCUGCAGAAACUAAUGGAUUCUGAUGCACCAAAAAAUUUUACGACACUUCCACGAUCUGCUGGGCGGGAGACUAAAUAUGCCACUUCACAUCUGUUGCCAUCUGGUUUUGCUGAGAAACAACUGACCAAGCCUGGAGUUAUACGACCAGUGGCAGUUAUUGCUAGAGAGAAAGAGAAGCAUCAGCCCAAUCCAUUCAGACAGUACCUUGAAGAGACUUCAGAUGCUGAGCAGAGGCUGUCUCUAUCCCCCUCCUUCCUGACUUCCUUUGUCUCUCAUCCUACCUUCUAUCAUCACCUGUGCCAGACCAUCUUGUCCCCUAGGAACAUUUCUCUGUCAAAGCCACUCUCAUUCUCUAGUGUGAAAUGUCUUACUCCUGGACCAUACAUUCACUUGUCUUCUAUCAUUCAACCUAAUUACCAAACUAACCUUCCCCUGAGUCUUGGCUCAUUGUACAACAAGCCCCAACACCCUAUAGUGACUAUCCAUGAAAAUGAAGCUCUCAGCUCAAAAGAGCUUAACACAGUGAGAGGACUCAGCAGAACAGAUGCCACUGGAUGCCCUGGUAUCCCGAAGAUGAGGCUCCAAGAUAGACCUGAUGAACACAGCCAUGUGUUACUUCAAAUUAGAGAAGAGGAAGAGGAAGAGGAAGACGAGAAAGUGAAUUCAUCCUCCACAGCUUAAAAAGAUGUUGAAUUGAAGAUGAUUAUCAAGACUGUACUAUAUUAUGACAUAUUUGCUUUAUUUUGUUUUACUUUAUUAAAUACACAUUUUGUAUUGUAUGUUAUAUUAUGCAUGCAACACUGAUUAACCCUUCUUUAAAAUGUUAUUUAAAUACUGCAUGGCAAUCUACCAUUGUAUAAACAUAAAGGUUCUGUACAUUAUAUCAAGGGAUGGACAAGAACCCUUUGCACUCAUUUUCAGUCAAGUGAAAUUUAUUUUUUUAAACAUGAACACACUUGUUAAUUAAAACUGAUUCAAUGCUGUUACAUACAGCAACAUGAUAAUCUACUUUUUCAGAGUAGACAACGUCACCCCAGCAGCGAUCUGUAAAUUAUCAUGCUGUGAACAUCAAUUCCUUGUGUGUAUUUGAAGUGUUUCUUGAUGUUUUAAUGAAGAAUCAUAGUUGGCACAAAGGUAAUUAAUUUCAGCUCUAAGGGGACUGAAAAUAAGAAUGAUUUACCCAUUCCCAAUAAUAAUCCCAAAAGUCUAAUUUCUAAAUUGUUUUGAAAAAAAAAAACACAGCCUUGAAGAAUUUAGAGAAUGUAUACUGCUUUGCAUCUUAAUACCAGUAAUAUUACUGGUAAUACAGAAUGUAGGAACUGUUUGUUAUGUAUGAUCUAAUUUGACAUUUCCAGUGUUUGAUGUAAAUAAAGAAUGUGUUUGACAAUUUAAUGAAGUCAUAUGUACAGUAUAUGGGGGACACAUCAUUUGUUAUUUAUUUAAUUAACACAUAGAGCUCUAUUCAUAAAAGUACUUAACAAUUGUCAUAGUUAAUUGCAUGUAGUUUAAAAUGAGUGUGUGACAGGCUGGCGAGUGGAUAGAGGCCCAGAGACAGACUGCAGUUAAAAAAAAAUAAUGCUUUAAUU